CAUGGAUUUGCUGUCCGCACUGAGCCUGGGCGAGCUAGCGCUCAGCUUCUCUCGGGUGCCGCUCUUCCCGGUCUUUGACCUCAGCUACUUCAUUGUCUCCAUCCUCUACCUCAAAUAUGAGCCAGGAGCGGUUGAACUCUCCCGGCGCCAUCCCCUCGCAUCCUGGCUCUGUGCCAUGCUGCACUGCUUUGGGAGCUACAUCCUGGCUGACCUCCUGCUCGGGGAGCCCCUCAUCGACUACUUCAGCAAUAAUUCCAGCAUCCUGCUGGCCUCGGCUGUGUGGUACCUGACCUUCUUCUGCCCCCUGGACCUCUUCUAUAAGUGUGUCGGCUUCCUGCCUGUGAAGCUUAUCUUUGUGGCCAUGAAGGAGGUGGUGAGGGUCCGAAAGAUCGCAGUAGGCAUCCACCACGCGCACCACCACUACCACCACGGCUGGUUUGUCAUGAUCGCCACCGGCUGGGUCAAAGGCUCUGGAGUUGCCCUCAUGUCCAACGUGGAGCAGCUUCUCCGAGGCGUCUGGAAGCCGGAGACCAAUGAGAUCCUGCACAUGUCCUUCCCCACCAAAGCCAGCCUGUACGGAGCUGUGCUCUUCACCCUCCAGCAGACACGCUGGCUCCCCAUCUCCAAAGCCAGUCUCGUCUUCAUCUUCACCAUGUUCAUGGUAUCUUGCAAGGUGUUCCUGACAGCCACCCACACCCACAGCUCCCCCUUUGAUGUCCUGGAGAGCUACAUCUGCCCUGUGCUGUUUGGGGCCACCUGGGGAGGUGACCAUCACCAUGACAACCAUGGGGGCCAUGGUGGGGCCCACGGCAGCAGCCUGGGGGCCAUGCACGCACCCCUGCCCUCCAAGUCCAAGGACGAGCUGAGCGAGGGCUCCAGGAAGAAGAAGGCCAAGAAAGUAGAUUAGGGGGCAGCCCA